AUGGCUAAAGGCAAGUUCGAGCAUGCAUCGCUUUGGCUCGUCGAGCCGCCGCCGCAGCCAUACGUCCCGCCGUACUACCUGCCGCCUCAUCCGCUGCCGCUGCCGCCAUGCAGCCCACCGUACAUGCCACCUUCGCCGACGCCUGGUCCUGCUCCCCCGCCGACGACGCCGGCGCCGCUGCCGCCUUACAACCCGCCGCCGCCGCCGUCGCCGACGCCGUCGAGGAACGUCGUGGUGAUAGUGGUGGUCCCGAUCGCCGGGCUGGUGUUCCUCGGCCUGCUCGCCGGGCUGUUCAUGCUGGCGUGGGCGCGGCGGCGGAGGGAGGAGACAACGACGGCGGCGGCGGUGGUGGAGGUGGACGACGUGGAGGUGGCGCACCACGUGCGCGCCGAGGAGCACGUCGUGGCCGGGCCGGCGGGGGAGAUGCUGAAGGUGCUCGACGUCACCGACGAGGUCGACGUCCACGAGCACGUCGUCCGGCACGAGCGCGAACGCGACGACGUCGUCGAACGGGAAGGAUGA